AUUAUAGUAACAACAUUGCAAAGAACGGCGACACUUGCUCCGGCGAGGGUUUCGUCUCCGAUUCUGAGAAACCCAAAGAGGAAUGGGUAGUAAAGUUUCGGGUUCGGAUGAGGAUGAGGAUUACAGUGACAGUGACAGUGAGGAGGACCUGAAUAUAGUUUUGAACAAUGGGGGCUGUAAAGGUAUUCCCUUUUCGGUUUCAGGUGGAGGGGGCAUGAGGAUUGAUGAAUAUGAAGAUGAGGAUGAGGAUGCUCUUGUGCCCAUGAAAGAUUGCAAGUAUGUAUGGACUCAAGGAUUUACUUGUCCAAGCAAUGGAAAAGCCAAUGAGUCUGUGGAUUUGGUGUCGUCCAUGCCGUUUGGAGUAGACCAGUCGCAGAGUAGUCGUGUUCGUGAUACACCAAAUCCAGUGGUGAUUCGAAAUAGAUAUGGUUUUCGACUUCCUUGGUAUAGGACCAUACUGGACGUGGAUAUUGAAUCAUUUGAGGAGAAGUCAUGGAGGUGUCCUGAAGUUGAUAUAAUAGAUUACUUCAAUUUUGAUUUGAACGAGGACAGCUGGAAAGAGUACUGCAACUCCCUGGAACAACUUCGGCAGCUAAAAUCCACACAGUAUGGCAUGCCUGGCUCUUCAAAAUUUUAUCAGGUCUAUUUGAAUCUUUUUGGAGUCUUAUCAUAUUACCACAAAAUUGUUUAAAGUUUUUGGUGUUGACAUUUCCAAUCGUAUCAUUUCUACAUAAAAUAGGCUAAACAA